AGACGCGUCUGACGCCGCUGAGCGCUGCGUGAGUCCCGGCGAGGCUCCGGACUCACGGCCGCUGAGGUUCCUCCAGAAGGUCUGACGUGGGUCGUCCAACAUGGCGGCAGCGUCUUACGACCAGCUGCUGAGACAGGUGGAGGUGCUAAAGAUGGAGAACUCUAACUUGCGACAGGAGCUGCAGGACAACUCCAACCAUCUGACCAAACUGGAAAGUGAGGCCUCCAACAUGAAGGAAGUGCUGAAGCAGCUGCAGGGCACCAUAGAAGAAGACUCUGGAGAGGCGUCUGGCUCUCAGCUGGAGCUCAUCGAAAGACUGAAAGAGAUGAGCCUGGAGUCUGCAGGGUUUAAGCCCAGGUCGAGGCCUCCUCUGCCCCCCUCGUCCUCCUCCAGCUCCACCUCCUCUGGUUCUUCAGCUCCUGGAGGAGCAGCUGGAGGCUCCGGAGCUCCAGGCCCCUCGACCACCACCGGCUUCCCCAGGAGAGGGCUGCCGACUGCGGGCAGAGACAGCCACGACCGCUGCCUUGAGGAGCUGGAGAAAGAGAGGUCUCUCCUAUUGGCUGAGCUGGAGAAGGAGGAGAAGGAGAAGGACUGGUACUACGCUCAGCUGCAGAAUCUCACCAAGAGGAUCGACAGUCUGCCGCUCACCGAGAACUUCACUCUGCAGACGGACAUGAGUCGGCGUCAGCUGGAGUUCGAGGCCCGUCAGAUCCGCUCGGCGAUGGAGGAGCAGCUGGGUUCCUGUCAGGAGAUGGAGAGGAGAGCUCAGGAUCGCGUGUCCCGUAUUCAGCAGAUAGAUAAAGACAUCCUGAGACUGGGAGCCCGACUACAGGUGGAGGAGGCUCCGGGGGCGAGCGACAGCAGCGGAUUGGCCGGAGCUCAGAGCUCCAGCAGCCGGUUAGAACACGAGCCGGCCAAUGAGACAAGCUACUCUGUGCCUCGACGAAUCACCAGCCACCUCGGCACCAAGGUGGAGAUGGUGUAUAGCCUUCUGUCAAUGCUGGGGACUCACGAUAAAGACGACAUGUCGCGGACGCUGCUCGCCAUGUCGAGCUCUCAGGACUCGUGCAUCGCCAUGCGUCAGUCUGGCUGCCUGCCGCUGCUCAUCCAGCUGCUGCACGGCAACGACAAGGACUCCCUGUUGCUAGGUAACUCUCGUGGCAGCAAGGAGGCCCGUGCGCGAGCAUCGGCGGCGCUGCACAACAUCGUCCACAGUCAGCCCGACGACAAGAGAGGCCGGCGUGAGAUCAGAGUGCUCCACCUGUUGGAGCAAGUGCGACAUUACUGCGAGGAGUGCUGGAGCUGGCAGGAGAACCACGAGAGGGGCGUCGACCAGGAGGACAACCCCAUGCCGUCUCCAGUGGAGCAUCAGAUCUGUCCGGCCGUCUGCGUCCUCAUGAAGCUUUCCUUUGAUGAAGAACAUCGACACGCCAUGAACGAACUCGGCGGUCUGCAGGCGGUGGCGGAGCUGCUGCAGGUGGACUGUGAGAUGUUCGGUCUGAGCAGCGAUCAUUACAGCGUCACCCUGAGGAGAUACGCCGGCAUGGCGCUCACCAACCUCACCUUUGGAGACGUAGCCAAUAAGGCCACGCUGUGCUCCAUGAAGGGCUGCAUGAGAGCGAUGGUCGCUCAGCUGAAGUCCGACAGUGAAGACCUGCAGCAGGUGAUAGCGAGUGUGUUGAGGAACUUGUCGUGGCGUGCCGAUGUCAACAGUAAGAAGACGCUGCGUGAGGUCGGCAGCGUGCGGGCGCUGACGGGCUGCGCUCUCGAGGUCCAGAAGGAGUCGACUCUGAAGUCCGUACUGAGCGCGCUCUGGAACCUGUCGGCUCACUGCACGGAGAACAAGGCGGAUAUCUGCGCGGUGGACGGCGCUCUGGCGUUUCUGGUGGGAACCCUGACGCACCGCAGCCACACCAACACGCUCGCCAUCAUCGAGAGCGGCGGCGGAAUCCUCCGCAACGUGUCCAGCCUCAUCGCCACCAACGAAGCGCACAGGCAGAUCUUACGUGAGCACGGCUGCCUGCCGACUCUGCUGCAGCACCUGAAGUCUCACAGUUUGACCAUCGUGUCCAACGCCUGCGGGACGCUCUGGAAUCUGUCGGCCAGAGACUCCAAAGACCAGGAGGCAUUAUGGGAGCUGGGCGCCGUCGGCAUGCUGCGCAACCUCAUUCACUCCCGUCACAAGAUGAUCGCCAUGGGCAGCGCCGCCGCCCUCCGUAACCUGAUGGCCAACCGGCCGGCCCGCUACAAGGACGCCAGCGUGGUGUCGCCGGGCGCCGGCCCGUCGCUGCACGCCCGCAAACAGAAGGCGUUGUUUGAGGAGCUGGACGCCCAGCAGCUGUCAGAGACUUUCGACAACAUCGACAACCUGAGCCCCAAAGCGGCGCACAGGAAGGGGCGGGGCUGCAACGGCGCUGGAGGAGCAGGAGCAGGGAACCCGACACGCUCGUACACCAACACGCCGGUUCUGUCGAGCCCGAAGAACGGAGACGGAUCAAAAAGGACGACUGAGGAAGUGCCGUACGCUCGGCCGGUGUUCCCCCGCGUCCGAGCGUCCAGCGACAGCCUGAACAGCGUGACGAGCGCCGACGGAUACGGAAACCGCGGCAAGACGAAACCGUCGACGGAGCCGUUCUACUCGUCCGACGAGAGCGGAGUCAACAAGUGCUGCGUCUACAGGAAGUACCCGGCCGACCUGGCGCACAAGAUCCGCAGCGCCAACCACAUGGCGGACGACGACGGCGGGGAGUUGGACACGCCCAUCAACUACAGCCUGAAGUACUCGGACGAACAGCUGAACUCUGGGAGACAGAGUCCGAGUCACCGUGGCAGCAUCGAGAGCGACGAGGAGGACGAACUGGGCGCCAGGCUGAGGAGACGGAACGACGGCAACGACCAGGCGCCGACCGGCAGCCGCAUAGCGUCCCCAGCAUCCUCGCGCUACGUUGCUGCCGCGGCAACGUCAAACUUUGGCGGUGACGCAACAGUCGAGCAGCCAAUCGACUACAGCCUGAAGUACGGCGCUGACGCCGCACGCAAACCGCUGUUCAAGCAAGAGGAGACCGCCGCUCCCUCUGGCCCGCCUCCUCCGUCAUCCUCCAGCAACAAGCUCCGCCCCCCUCCGCCCCCAGCCAAUCGCACAGUGCCAAAAGGCAACCAGGAGGCGACACAGACGUAUUGCGUGGAGGACACGCCCAUCUGCUUCUCCAGAGGCAGCUCUCUCUCCUCGCUGUCCUCCGAGGAGGAAGAGGAAGACGGCGAUGUCAUCGGGAAGAAGAGAAGAGGAGGGAGGGGCGGCGGCGGCGGCAACGACUACCCGACACUUCCUGUCAGCGAGAAAGACGCACACGAGCAGCAGCAGAGGCAGCAGAAGGAGGCGGAGAGCCAGACCGCCAGUGCUGCUGCUGCCGCCGCCGCUGCUGCCGCUGCUCCCUCCUCUCGAGGAAGGCGUGGUCACCACCACCAUCACGGCCACGCCCACCACCAUCACCACCACCACGUGGCGUCGUCAUCGGGCGCCAGGACGCCUAAGAGUCCUCCGGAGCAACCGUACGCUCAGGAGACGCCGCUGAUGUUCAGCCGCUGCACGUCGGUCAGCUCCCUGGACAGCUUCUCCACCUCCUCCAUCGCUAGCUCCGUGCGCUCCAGCGAGCCGUGUAGCGGCAUGCCGAGCGGCGUCGUCAGCCCCAGCGACCUUCCCGACAGCCCGGGUCAGACCAUGCCGCCGAGCCGCGCCAAGACGCCACCGAUGCCGCCACCAACGCAGAACACAAAGCAGGAGGAGAAGACCAAGAAGAAGAAGGACGAGGAGGAGAGCAGCGCUGACGUCCUGCUGCAUUUCGCCACGGAGAGCACGCCACACGGCUUCUCCAGAGCCUCCAGUCUGAGCGCCCUCAGUCUGGACGAGCCGUACAUCGCGGCAGAGAUGAGGGGUAAGAAAGAGGAUGAGGAGGGAGGGAACGAGGAGAGGAAGGACGAGGAGGCGGGGGAACCAAUCCUUGACGAGUCUGACGACGACGACGACAUCGAGAUCCUGGAGGCGUGCAUCAACAUGGCCAUGCCCAAGUCGUCACGGAAACCAAAGAAGCAGCAGCAGCAGCAGCAGCAACAAGCAGCGCCAAGGAAACCCAGCCAGCUUCCUGUUUAUAAGCUCCACCCACCUCAGAGCCGCACCCAAUCACAGCAGAGGAAGGACGUGCCUCCGCCGCCGGAGGAGGUGCCGAGAGUUUACUGUGUGGAAGGAACGCCGCUCAACUUCUCCACCGCCACCUCGCUCAGUGACCUCACUAUCGACUCCCCGCCCAAUGAGGAGACAGUAGCCGCUGUCGCACCUUCAGCCCCGCCCAACUCCGUCCAGAGGAGGGGGGCCGGACUACCCGAAGGCGAGAAUGGUGACGACAUCCUCGCCGAGUGCAUCAGCGCUGCCAUGCCCAAAGCCAAACCCAGAAAACCAAUCAGAGCAUCGGUGAACAGCGAGCACCUUCAAGCCCCGCCUCUCCCUCCUGCGGUCCCGCCCCCUCUCGGCCUGCAGCAGCAGAAGAAGAAGCCGACCUCGCCGGUGAAGCCGAUGCCCCAGCGGGCGGGGUACGCCGUCACCACGUCAACAGCUGCCAAAGCAAAACCAGGGUUUGCCUUCGACUCGCCGCAUCACUACACGCCCAUCGAGGGAACGCCGUGCUGCUUCUCACGCAACGACUCGCUGAGCUCGCUCGACUUCGACGAGGACGACGGCGGCGAGAAGGACGAGGAGAAGAAAACAAAAGAAGAAGAAGGCAGGAAGAGGAAGCAGCAGACGGCGGCCGUUUUCCCCCGAACGAAACCCGCUACCAAUGCGACGGCGUCCGAUGAGAGGCAGAAGUUCGCCAUCGAGGACACGCCCGUCUGCUUCUCCAGGAACUCGUCUCUGAGCUCGCUGAGCGACAUCGACCAGGAGAACAACAACAAGGAGUUCGCUCCGCCGCCGCCCAAGGAGAAAGAUGGAGGCAAGGUGGGAAAAAAGUCUCCUCCUCCCCCACAGGAAGAGUUGAAGCCCCGCCCCUCUGCGGCGAGCGGCUACGCUCCCAAAGCGUUCCACGUAGAAGACACGCCGGUCUGCUUCUCCAGGAACUCCUCGCUCAGCUCGCUGAGCAUCGACUCGGAGGACGACCUGCUGCAGGAGUGCAUCAGCUCCGCCAUGCCCAAGAAGAAGAAGAAAGCUGCAGCCGCCGCCGCGGCCGCACCCGUUGCCACGACACUUCCUGCUCCCAAAGCAGAGGAUGACAUUUUGGCAGAGGAGGAGCCUUCAGAGGCGCCAAGAAGCCCCGCCUCCCCAGACUCUGAGACAUUUGAUUGGAAGGCGAUCCAAGAGGGCGCCAACUCCAUCGUCAGCAGCCUGAACGCUGCCGCCGCCGCCGCCACGCCGCUGUCACGCCAACCGUCAUCAGACUCCGACUCGGUUCUCUCCCUGAAGUCUGUGGGCUCGCCGUUCCGCAUGCCAGCAGCCAAUAACAACGCAGAAGAAGAAGGGGAGGAGAAGGAGGAGGCGGCGAUGAAGCGAGGGGCGAGGAUUCUGAAGGCCGGAGAACGCACCACGCUGGAGGCCAAGAAGAAGAAGGAGGAGCAGGAGGAGGAGGAGGAGGCAGCGAAGGCGUUGAGAGGCGGGAAGAAGGUGUACAGGAGUCUGAUCACAGGGAAGCUGAGGGCGGAGCCAGCUGCCAGGGGGCGGAGCAAGCCCAGAGCGUUACCCGUGGCCAAACCUCCAGGUAGCAACGACGGCGCUGACAGAGGAGGCGGGUCCUCUCGGGACUCCACGCCGUCUCGCUCUUCCAGUGCAGCAGCCAAUCAGAAAGGAGGGAAGCUGCUUCAGAUGCCGCGUACGGCGUCUCCAGGAAGUGCAUCAUCAUCGUCAUCUUCAGCCUCCAGACCGGCCAAACAGAGCGGAGCGCCGAGGAGCGGCGGCGGCGGCGGCGGUGGAGGCAUCCCAAGGAGCGAGUCAGCGUCGAGGGUCAGUGGCUCCACGGCCGCCAAGAAGCAGAAGGCGGAGCCAGAGAAGCCGGCACUCGUCCGUCAGUCGACCUUCAUCAAAGAAGCUCCGAGUCCGACGCUGAAGAGGAAGCUGGAGGAGUCGGCAGCGGCGGUGGUUGUGACGGCGUUAGAGUCGCCGUCCAGCCCCGAUGCACCGCUACCGUUAACGACCAGGAGACACGACGUCAACCGCUCGCACUCUGAGAGCCCGUCACGCCCACAGGAAGUGACAUCAUCACGGUUCAGCCGCACGGGAACCUGGAAGCGGGAGAGUAGCAGCGCUGGGGGGAGGAGGAGGGGGAGCAGCGGCAAACACUCGACAUCGUUACCUCGCGUGGGGACGUGGAAGAGGACGGGGAGCUCGUCGUCGGUGCUGUCUGCAUCGUCGGAGUCCAGCGAGAAGGGGCGGAGCGAGGAGGAGAGCGCCGUGAGGUCGAAGGGAACGUGGAGGAAGGCGAAGAGCAGUGGCGGCGGCGACUCAGCCGGACGCUUCUCCGACAAAUCAGAAGACGUGUGGGUUCGUCUGGAGGAUUGUCCCGUCAACAACCCGCGCUCCUCCUCUUCCUGUUCGGCUCGCUCGCCAACCACCGCCAACGCCCCGCCCGUCAUCGACAGCCCCGCCUCCUCCAAGAUCCCCUCCUCCUCCUCCUCCUCGUCCUCCAACCUCAACCUGCGCCGGAGCUGCGAGAGCCUCGACGACAAACCGCCGCUGACGCCGGAACGCCCGCAACAACAACCGCAGCAGCAGCAGCGCAGUCAGCAGCGGAGCGGCGCCGUGGCGGCCCGAGUCAGCCCCUUCAACUACACGCCAAGCCCGAGGAAGAGCAACACCGAUGUCACCACCACGCCCACGCCAACCACCACGACAUCAUCGUCACCUUCAUCAACGACCCCCACGCGACCUUCACUCAUCCCCACGGCCGUCGCUAAGAAACGGGAGCCGAAGGGCGGGGGCGGCGGCAGCGGCGGGGAGCGUGGCUCGUACAUCGUGACGUCCGUGUGAAAAAGAAACAGGAAGUAGUUAGACACAAAAUGGCUGCCACAGUUUGGACAGUUGACAGAAGUGGAGGAAUGUAAAUACGGAGGAAGAAACGUCAGAAAGUGUUUGUUUGUGAACUGAACUGUACAGGAAGUGAGUCUGUAUUUAAGUGCUAGCCCCGCCCCCUCACCUCCCUCCUCUCCCUCAUUGGCUCCUCUCACCUGCCAAUCAAGGCUCCUUAUUCAAUGAGAGAAAACUUUAAGAUGAACUUUUUAUGUUUUUAUACCACUAAAAUGAUGCGUAGCGCUUAGCUCCACCCCUUUUCUGCCUGUGAUCCUGCAUGGCCCCGCCCCCUUAACGAUGACCGUUACCAUGGUGAUAUAACAAUGAUGAUGAUGCUGAUGAUAAUGUUUCUGCUAGCCGUAGCGUUUGAAGACGACUCUGCUCUUUCGGAGUUUGGUUCUGAAAAAAAUAACAAGAUUUUUUCUCCUGUCGUCGGGUAGAAAUUAAUUUAUUCUCUCCGUGUGGAGACAGUUUGGUGAGUUCAACAGGUCGAAUGUCACUUUGAUGCAGUUUGAGUCUAAAAUAUUCGGACAUUAAAUGUGGGGCGGCUGUGGCACAUGAGGUAGAGCGCUUGACCCAUAACCACAAGGUCGGUGGUUCGAACCCCUCCACAGGCAACAUGCCGAGGUGUCCUUGAGCGAGACACCUAACCCCAGCUGCUCCCCGGGCGCUUCAUCGCAGCCCACUGCUCCUCCGGGAUGGUCAAUGCAGAGAACCGAAUUUCCCCAUUGUGGGACUAAUAAAGGCUUAAUUAUGAUUAUUAUUAUUUUACAUUACAUUACAGUCAUUUAGCAGACGCUUUUAUCCAAAGCGACUUACAGGAAGUGUGUUCAACAUAGGUAUUCAAGAGAACUACUAGUCACCAGAAGUCAUCAGUGCAUCUCCUUUCUUAAACAAGCAUCUCAAAGCAUAAACCAGAGCAAAAGUAUAGUGCAGAGGCAAAUUACUACUACAUGAAACAGCUGCUUUUAAUCCGAAGAGUUCCAUGAACAGAUUGUUUAAAGUCGUGAUUUUCAGAUGAAAUGUUCAAAUUAAAGAUUUUCUGUCAGAUGGAUGUAAAAAUCAGUUUUUCAGAACCUCACUCGUCACUCACAAACGGCAUUUAUUCCAGAGGAGGAAGUUUGCUGCCAGCCGACCGAAGCGUAAAGAUGAACUCACUGCUCGUCUGUGAGGAAACGUUUGAGUCCGUUCCUGAAUUUCCUGGUGAAUUUUUAAGGAUUUUAGUUGAGAAAUCGUCCGUUGGCUGAAAACUUCCCGCUCUGUAUCUCGUUGGAAACAAAUAACACUGUAAAAUGUAAGUUAUUGCUGUAAAACCUUAAAAACCUUUUAACUUUGAAGCACAUAAUUUAAAAAACAAAAAUGAUUUUUGCCAAAAAAAACAAGUUUCCACAGUGUUCUUCAUGGCUGUAACUUGAUUUUCACUGUUUUUAUGUUGAUGCUGGAGGAAAAUGAGGCAAAAACGUUUUUGGUGAAAUGUUAAACGGAUGAUGAACAAUAAAAAUUCAACAUUUUAGGUGAAAA